UACCUUUGCUUCACCUCCCGUAGAGAAGGUGAUGGUGGUUGUCGUAGUAGAGUGACAAACUUUUUUUUCCCCUUUAGUGCGGGAGUCGCGAGAAGGGUAGGUCUGAGAUUUCUGAAGCAAGACCAGACCAUGGCAGGUGGUUAAGAUUCGGAGGAGGAGGAGGGUGGCGAGGUGAAGGCAGCCCGGUACGCGCGUGCGCAGAAGGACGCCGUGGCGGCGGCGGCGGCGGCAGCGCUGGCGCUGGGUAGUGAAGUUGGCUGAAAGCGCUGCUGAUAAAAUGCAUAAGCUUAAAUCAUCUCAGAAGGACAAGGUCCGCCAGUUUAUGGCAGUUACCCAGGCUGGUGAAAGGACUGCUAUAUAUUGCUUAAUGCAGAAUGAAUGGAAACUAGAAGUGGCAACUGACAACUACUUCCAGAACCCUGACUUGUACUACAAAGAAUCCAUGAAAAUUUCAAUAGACAGAAAGAAAUUAGAACAACUGUAUAACAGGUAUAAAGGUCCCUGCAUUCCACAGACAUCUUUGUUGCUCCACCUCACAGACCCACAAGAUGAGAAUAAAAUUGGCAUUGAUGGAAUUCAGCAGUUUUGUGAUGAUUUAAGCCUGGACCCUGCUAGUAUCAGCGUUUUAGUCAUAGCAUGGAAAUUCAGGGCAGCCACUCAGUGUGAAUUCAGUAAAAAGGAAUUUGUAGAUGGCAUGACAGAACUGGGGUGUGAUGCCACAGACAAGUUAAAAGCUCUUUUGCCAAGACUGGAACAAGAAUUAAAAGAUCCUAUGAAGUUUAAAGAUUUUUAUCAGUUUACCUUUAACUUUGCAAAAAACCCUGGACAAAAAGGUUUAGAUCUAGAAAUGGCAAUUGCAUAUUGGAACUUAGUCUUAUCAGGAAGAUUUAAAUUUCUAGAUCUUUGGAAUAAAUUUUUAUUGGAACAUCAUAAAAGAUCAAUUCCCAAAGAUACUUGGAAUCUUCUUUUAGAUUUUGGAAAUAUGAUUGCAGAUGAUAUGUCAAACUAUGAUGAAGAAGGAGCAUGGCCAGUACUAAUAGAUGAUUUUGUGGAAUAUGCACGACCAGUAGUCACAGGAGGAAAACGUAAAGCUUCCUAACCAUAGACUCUUUUCAGUGGACUUAAAUUUGCAGUCUGAACUGCAUCAGGUAAUGAAGACAUUUUGGCCAAUAACUGUGCACACGGUCACUGGUUUCAAAAGUCGUGGUAGAAUUACCACUGAUAAAACAGAAAUCACUACUUCUGCUUCAAGAAAAUGAUGGCUGACUCAUGGACACUGCAAGAAGAAAUCCAGAAGAUAGUCCAGGCUGUUUGUAGAAUAUUGGCUUCAAUUAUUGUACUGGUUGUAUCAUAUAGGAUGUAGAUUUUGCAUGAUUUUAUACCUUGGAAAAGUUUAACUAGAGGCCAUUUUAGAAAAGUUUUGACAGCACAGCAUGCCAUUCAGUUCAUAACCCAGGGUGAACACCAGCAGUUACAUAAUUACAACUGUAUUAUAUUGUACUUAUAUUAAAAGCAGUAUUUGUGGUAUAUAAAUUAAAUCCCUAAAUAAAAUACGUGGUAUGUGGUAUUUUUAUACAAACUUUAAAGCUGUUGAGAUAAUGCAGUGAAGUAUUUGUUGACACAUAUAUACAGCCUGGUGCCAGGAUUCUAGUUGAACAGCAAGGCCAGUCAGAUCCAUUUUUAAUAUUUUGAUUUCCUCAUUCCAACAUUGACCUGAAUGAGAUUUGUUUGUACUUGACCAGUAAAGAAUCAGUGAAAUGCCUCUAUUGUAGUUAAUGUUAAUAUUCUAAAUUUUGAAUCAACCAAAAACAUACUGGUAUUUCAUGCUUGAUUAUGAAUAUACUAAGUAUAUUAUGAAUAUGGACAUGCUCCAGCCCAUGUUAAAACUAUUUUAAGUUCCACUGAUCUCUGUGUAAGCGAAGUGUGUGUGUGUGUGUGUGUGUGUGUGUGUAUAUGCUUCAUUCUCCCAUUGAAACCAAAGGCAUAUAGAAGUGUUGAACAGUGCAAACCAGUGUAGGUCUGCUCAGAAGUAAAACCCCUUGCAUUUACUGGGCUAAAUUCCCAGCUAAGAAUGCAUAGGAUUGCAGCCUUAUUUUAGCUUGAUCGUGUCUUAUAUGUGAUUCAUUCUCUGGGUGCUGAGUAUUCCUAAAUAGGUAAUGGUACAUUGGUCUUCAAGGUAGUUAGGAUGUAUAGAUAUACAGCUGGUGAGUCUAGGCCCACAUCUGGCUCUGAAUCCACAACCUUGACUUAAAGUGGGUAAUACCGAUGGUACCACCACCAAAGGGGACAGAGCUACAGUGCCUCCUUGCAGCACAGGUAUCUAGCUGAUGCACUUUUAUCAACUUUAUCUUAAAUACCCUCUUCUAUGUAACUCUUAAAACUGUGGAGCCCCUGUUCUCUUUUGUAAGUGGUCAUCUUAGAAAGUAAUAGAGAAAGGGAAUUCAUGCAAUGAAUUAUGUUAGGUCCCAUGUUGCAAAUUGUGCCUGAUAAAAUUGAAGACUUGGCAGAUUUUCUCUGUGAGUGUCUGUAUGUAAUGCCAGGUUAUACAGCACAAAAGUGGUGAAUUAGCUGAUUUUUUCAACUGGUGAACGUAAAUGCAUAUCUGCAAAAGUAUUUUUUUCCCCUUAGUAAGAAAUAUGAGGUCUACGUGUUGCUUAUCUUUCUUACUACCACUAGAUGCCAGUGUGUCAUCUUGUAGACAUUUUUCAUUGUGCAUCCAAGCAGUUAGACAAUAAUCAAUGUGGAAUAUUUAAGUAUAGCAUAAUUAGAAGGGUGUUCAAUUUUCUUGAUACAUUUGUUGAAGAAUAUAUGUGAAAAAUUAAAUUAAUUCAGAGUGGGUCUGGAACAAGAAAUGCUCAAAAAGGUUAGAGUGAAAAACUGCACUUACACAAUCAGUGAUAAUGCUUACUAUUAAAUGGUUAGCUCUUUUAAUGUUUUCGGAUAACCGGUAGGGUUUGAUAACCACUUCUAAUCCAAGUUUUAAUAUGGAGACACACGUAUUGCAGACUAAACAUGAAAAUCUUGGCAUGUUGAUAGCUUGCAUUAAAGCUGAACCACUUAAUAUAUUUGGACAUUCAGAUUGCAAUCAUCAAGCUCAUGUUAUUUUGUUCACAUGGUUUCAGGGUAUAUGUCUUUAACACUCUUUUAUGAUAGGCAGUAUUCCAGAAAUAUAGCAUCAUUUAGUUGAAGUUGACCUGAAUGUGUUUACAUUUCCUUGAGAUACUGAGAGAUUUAGAUUAUCAUAGGGAUCCAAGUUGAUCCUGGGACAAGGUGAUAACUAAUGGUGAACAGGUAUCUAAAUAGGCUCUGCAAAACUAAGAUAUGAAUUCAAUAGCAUGUCUUGGUUUUGCUGCUCAGAUACUAUGGCUUUUAAUGAAAUUGAGAUUAUUUUGUCUGUGUAAGACCAAACAGGGUCUGCAUUUCUUAACUGUAUAGUGCAUUAAGUUGCACAGUACUUUAUAAUCAUAAGUUUGUCAUCAAUAGUGGGAAGUGAUACAUAAAAGAUCAUAAGUGCAGAACAAUGUCAAUGUUAAUAUUUGUCUUCAUCAGAACCAGCCUGGAAAGCAAGUCACUAUUUCCAUAUCAUGUAGUGGGAACCAGGGCUGGAGUGAGAAUGCCUUGCUAUAGACCAAACAAAAACCAUAGGAGUUCAACCUGGGAGUUCAGGGCACCUCUCUCGAGCUCUCAUCAGUUGUGUCAGUAGAUUCAUGCAUGACAAUUGUACAACUCCAAAAUGCUACAAUCUUAAUAGCAAUAAACCAAUUGUUACCUGA